AUCUACCGCGAGCUGGGACAAGACAUGGAGGCGGCGGCAGUGAGUGGUUACAACGCCUGUAUUCUUGCCUACGGACAGUCAGGCUCAGGAAAGACCUACACCGUCUUGGGACAUAAGGAAUCUCCCGGCUUGGCCCCCAGGAUAUGCCAAGGGCUCCUCUCCCGCCUACAGCAGAGGUACGCCCCGGACGACCUCUGCGCGCAGGACUUCUCGCUCACCCUCAGCCUGGUUGAGAUCUACAAUGAGAGGGUGCGAGACCUGCUCACGGGCAAUGACCAGGGGAGGCACCUGCGGGUACGGGAGCAUCCCCACACAGGCCCCUAUGUUGAUGGUGUGACCCGCCACCCCAUCACAGAUACGAGUGAAGCGUGGGCGUUGCUAGAGCGUGGGCGUGCGAGUCGCAGUGUGGCUCCCACGGCUUCCCACGCCCAUUCGUCGAGGUCCCACGCCCUGCUGACCUUGGAUGUGACCCAGCCCGCCGCCCACACUCGCUCGGCGUUAACAUUGGUUGACCUGGCAGGGAGUGAACGAGCAAGCGAGGAAGUCGAUAAGACGAGGUUGACAGAAGGAGCCAGCAUCAACCGCUCGCUCGUGACACUUGGCAAUGUCAUCUCUGCUCUAGCUGAACGCGGUGCUGCCUUAGGAUCCACGGUGGCGAUGUCCCCCCUGGGCUCCAACCUCUCCCUGUACAGCGCCACUUCCCGCCCUUCCUACGCGCAGUCCCACACCACAGUCCCCGACGGAUAUCCUCCCGAAGGGCAGAGGAAGGCUUCCAAACUGCCCUUCAUUCCUUAUAGGGAUUCGGUGCUGACCUGGCUCUUAAAAGACACGCUUGGAGGCAAUGCUAAAACUUUGAUGAUUGCAACGAUGUCUCCGUCAAGCACUAGCUUUGCCGAGACCGUUGCAACAUUACGCUAUGCCACACGUGCGCGUUGCAUCGUCAACAUGCCCGUGGUGAAUCUUGACUCUGGCACAGCCACUAUCAGGAGCUUGAAGAAAGAAGUGGCUGCCCUUCGGAGGCUGUUAUGUGAUGCUAAUCCUUCUGUCAUGCAGUCACUUGGCGCAAGUGGAACUGCACUGCUGGACUUGAUCUCAAACGCAUCAACCUCGGACCUCACCCGAGACUGGAUUGAUCGCCUGCAAGUGGAGGCGGCGAGCGACCCCAAGAGAGUGCGGCGAAGGAGCGCCCCCGUCGGCCGAGGGUCCUCCGGCAAGAUGAACCGCUCGACGUCCUCCCUCGUCAGCGUGGACGCGGGGCAGAGCUCGUGCGGGCCCAGGGACGUCAUCGUGGAGACGGAGCUGCCCUACCUGCUCAAUACGCUGGACGACCAUAACGCCUCCAGCAUCAUUAUUUAUCAUAUACAGAGCGGAGCCUCUGUUGUGGGGAGUGGAGAGAACGCAGACUUGCACCUGAGCGGGCCGGGGGUAGCUCCGUCCCAUUGCACGCUGGCACAUGCGCGUGGUGCUGUUACACUCAGGUGCUUGACAGGCUGCGAGGUGGAAGUAGACGGCCAAGUGCUUGCGGAAGGAGGAGCCAGGAGACUGAAGGACGGAGAUGUCAUAACUAUCGGGUCUCGGGCCUUCACCUUUCACACGCCGACGCGGGCUCGACCGAGGUCCAAGUCCUGCCCACGUCAUGAGGCUGGAGCGGAGAGGCCAAGGCGGCGCUCAGAAUGCAGGUCAGGUCGCCUGCACCGACAGCAAGAGCAAACAGCACCCUCCAGGAGGCGCAGGUGUGGAGGCGACGCUGGGCUGCGCGUGAGGGUAGUGGAUAGAGUGAUGGGCCAAGGUCACACCCACCUGGAGGACGAGUGCACGGACAGUGAGGAGGAGAAGUUUUAUAACAGUGAGUUAGAGGACAGUCAGAGCGAGUGCGAGGAGGACGCAUGCGAUAAACGUGUCGCUAUGGAGGCAAGAGCCCGGCACGCCACAGCGGCAAGGCUUCGCUCGGUUUGGAAUGAAGCCAAAAAGAAUUCGAGCGACUCCGCCUCGGAGUACGAGGAGGCGGAGGGAGACCGCGGGUUGCAGCCCCCUCUAGCGGAGCGCUCGAGCCCCCUCGGGGCGUCUCACAGCGACGGCAACGCCAGCUUCCGGGGCCCGGAGCUGACGGACGCCGAGGACGAGCAAGGCUGCACGGAGGUCUGUCGUUAUCAGCAGGCGUACUUCUUCGGUUCCAAUACCUCGCUGGAUUCCAGCAUCAGCCAGCCCUCCUGUGCCAGUCUAGACUCGAGACUCGCGCAGAUUUCGGGCAGCAGCAACACUUAUCACAGUAGAGUACUGCCACGGAACUUCUUUCUGGACUUAGAGAGGGAGGGGCGUGGGUGUGCUUCUGCCUCAGCCACGCCCCUCACGUCGCCGCAGUCGCCCUCGGAAACUAGACGCCGCUGGGACAAGAGUGUGUGGCCAGAGGUGGAGAGAGGACUUCGCAGGAACCAGAGUGUCCCAGACAUUGAUCCUUCGAGAUCGGAAGACCGAAGGCUGAGAAGCAGGGGGCGCUCACCCAGUCCCAAGCGCUACACUUUUGACGAGCGGGAGAAACGACAGAAGAUCAUUGAUGCUGUGACACGACGGCUCUACCCCGGCAGUGGCCCCGGCUUCGGUCGCCGCACAAAGAAGGUGUCAGAGAAGCCUCAGGUGUUGGGAGAGAGAGAGUGCAGGUGUCGUAAAAAGACAGGGAGUGAUGGAGACAUAGCUGCCUCCAAAAAUUCUGUUACCACAAGUUCCUGUGAAUCACUACUGCCCAAAACCCCUAGAAAAAUUUCAUUACCUACAUCUGUCACUCCCCCAGCAUGGAGGCGGUCGUCCCUGGAAAGUCCUCCUGGUAGUUUUUUGCCUAUACCUGUACGUGACCAUUCACAGGCUGAAAGAAUAUCUACCAGCCCACAGAAGGAGACCGCUACUACCACGCUGACUCGCUCGUCGCGCAUCACAAGGCGUGAGGUCAAGACAGUCACAACAACUGUUACCAAAACACUAAAUACAACAGAAAGAAAAAUAGUGUCUAAUGUGCAGCAAGACAUGGCCAAACCAGAGAUGCAUGACCAAGCUGUAGACUGUGAUCUUGUAGACAGAGACAGCUGUGAGAAAGUGAGUUGUGAGAGUAAAGGUGCACAGGCUGAUAUGCAAGUUUUGGAAACCAGUGAAGACCAGGAAGAAAGUGAAGACAGUCAGAGUCAGAAGAAGUGUGUUCAUCCUGACCCAGACUUACUGACUGACGUAAAAAAAGAUGACUCUGCUGAGCAAGAAGGAAGGCGUAAGAUCCCACUGACUCCUGCCUUGCACCAGCUGCGGCAGGCUCUUGCUUCCCUGAAUGAUCCUGAGAGGUUCUCCGACGAUAGCCUUGAACUUGGGAAUUUGGAUGCAGAUUCACCAUCACCAGCUUCAAGAUUUAGUCCACGUGUGCCUGAAGAUGAUGAGAUGUCACUAGGAGAUAUAAGCAAAGACUCCUUAGAAGAUAGUGUAAAUGUAGAUGUUGAAUCUAGAAAAUUACAUGCUGCUCAUGAUCCCACAGCUGUACAAGAGAUAACAACAGCUUGUGAUAUGGUAAGUGCCAUGCCAGGACCUCGAAUUCCAAAACUUAGUAAGAAGAACGAUUCUUUCAUCCAGUCUUUCUUUCGAUCCGUUAGUGCCUCAGAUAUGAAAGAUUCUUUUGAGUUAGAAGAGGAGUCCCUCUCUCUGACUGAUGACAACAGCGAGACGUUAUGUUUGUCUCCUAGUUCAGCACAAACAUUGGCUUCCAAACCUAGUGUACCUGUUAAAUCUAAUGCUGCGACACCUCCUCCAAGCUCAUCGUCCUCAAGGAAUACAAGGAGGUGGACCCGAGAAAGAGCAGAAAAACGACUCACUGAGUCCACCAGCUCAGAAGAGAGUGAUGUUGACUCUCGUCAGCGUCCAAGGUUUAGAAAAAGAAGAGUUAGAAGGAUGUCGCUUCCACUACCCUCCGUGCCAACUAUUGACCUGUGUGAAGAGCAGGACAACUCUGACUGCACAGAAGGUGCAACUUUAAAAGUAUCCUCCCACGAGACAGUAGAUAGUGCUGUGUGUGCUAGUGUUAAGGAUAUUAAUGCUAAUAAGAUGUUAACUAGAACUCACAGUAAAGAGCUUUUGGAUAGAAAUAGAAGAUAUAAUAGUGAAUCUGUAGGAGAGUGUGGUGUUGAAGAUGUAAGUGUGGAUAUUGCCUCAACUGAGCGAAAGCAAAAGUUAUUACAGUUCAAACAGAAAUAUAAGAACGAAUCUUCACAACCAUCCAAUCAAGAUUCUUCUGUGGUGGAAUCCUUGUCUCCUGAAUACUAUUCCCCUCACCUUCAGGACCCAGUUAUCUCAGUGCCCCUCCAGGCAGGAAGCAACAGUGAAUCAGACUCCUUUUCAGAUAGGGAUGUCGAGACUCAGGCUCUCCUGAAGGAAUCUGCGAGGAAGUUACUACGAACAGUAAGUAAAGAAGGCCCCUUAUCAGAAGCGUCUCAAGAUGCAGUAGCAGAGCUACUAAAGGCUUCUUCAAAACGUCUCGCAAAGUAUGCUCUCAGCAUGCCUGAGGAUGGCUCAGAGAUAGGGAGUGCCUCAGUUUCUCGGUGUGAGAGUGUUGCCACUCAGGACGAAGACUAUGACACUGCCAAAGGAGAAGACAGCUGGUUAGAAAGUUCAAGUGAGUUCCAGAGUGCCUUCAAGAAGAAUGGAGUGUCUGGCUCUCAUUCUUACACUAGCAACACGACUACUCCAGCAAGGGAAAUGCUGCAUAAAGAUGAAAAGAAACAGUCCUUGGAAGGGCAAGGUAACUUACUUGAUGUAGUGCAGAGUAGUAGUGGGGGGGAUGUCUCUCCCUGUGCUUUUGUAGCUGAUGCUACUGACUACAGCACCACAGCAACUACACCAUUGGCAUCCUCAGCUAGUGAGGGUUUUUCUACUGAAGGCUCAUGGGAGGACCUUGAGAUUCUUGAUCCUCAGAGUAAAGGGGAUAUCAACCUUUCUGAGAAACAGUAUCAAGUCAUAGCAGCAGAAUUCACACCUCGCACUGCACGCAGACUGUUGUACACAAUCAUUGAAUGCAGCGAAAGUAGUCGUUCAGAAAGUGUUCCAUCUGAACCAGAUGUUAUUCCGUCUGACUGGCAAGAGACAAUGAGUGAGACUGAAGAUUGCAAUUUGUCAGGUUGUGUGAGCCCAGAGAUCAGUGAAGACCUAUUAAGUUCUUCAGAUGAUACUAUGCUUGACACAGUACGCCGCAAUGUUGAGGAUCCGCAGGAUUCACUCUCUUGCAUCUCAGAUGAUAUCCUAGGGGACUCUAAAGCCCACACUGCCGAAGGAUAUCCAGCUGAAGGCUUCCAGGAACUUCCUUGGAAUGCAGCUGGGUCUCUGGAACUCCUUACAAGUCUUCCAAUAACUCCUGAUUGUCUUGAUGAAGAAGAUAAUCCAUGGGAAACUGACACAAAAGACAUGGACCAGAAUUAUCAAGAUGAAAGUAAUCAGGAGACAUGUACCACUUCAGACAGUGGAAUGGUGUGUACUAAAAGUUUCACUCCUGUUAUUCAGUACAGUCAGAAUCAAGAAGAGGAUAUGCUACCUGAAUUUGUGCCUUAUUUAGAUUUAUCAGAGGUAGCAGGAUCACCUAUCAGAGGGCAUGUGGUUAAUAAGGAAACCACUCUAGUCUCUUCACAAAAUGAAGUUACUGCCUUAGAAAGACAUGAAGAUGUUACCAAUGUAAAUUUUAAUGUCGCUGUAGAAGACAAAAAAAUGCAGGACAAAAUGGGUAAAUUUCAUACUGGGACUUCUAGUGCCUUUGAAAGUCGUAGAACUUUGCUAGAUACUAGCUUGGGUUUAAGCAAUAAAUUACCAAAGUAUACAAGUCAAGAGCAGAUUCGGGUUGGAGGAAAUUCAAAACUGGGGCCUUUGCAUCAGGAACAUCUUGAAAUAACAGGUAGUCCAGAUGCAGAGAUUCAGCAAGUUACAAAAAACAGUGAAUUGCACUUACAUGCUAUCACCCAAACAAUCCAUUCUUCCAAAGAAAUGAAUAUUGGUUCCGAGGCUGUAUCUUGUUCAGUGCCAAGACUUUCGACUGCUGUAGCUGUAGAAUCUCCAUGGCAGAAGAUUGAUGAUGUUAGUCAUUCUUCUCACUCAGAUGACUAUUUGGUACCUGUUAUGACUUCUAGCUUGAAGGCUGAGUCUUCACAAGAUUCUGACAUGGAAUUUGAUAGCUUAGAGCAAAUUCAAGUGACUUAUACUGGUGUCCAACACCCUCAUUGCAUAUCAGACAUACCACAGAGCUCUGUACUGGAAGGUGACAUUACAGUAGCUGCAAGUUCUCUGUUAAACAAAAACACAACUUUAGCAGGAGAGGCCCAAAGACUAGUUAUGCCUUUAACCCCACAAAAUUCCUUGAUGGAUGUAAGUAUUUACGAAGCCAUAAGUUCACUAGAAAAUCAAAUGCCAAUUAAUGUAAAGGAGAUAAAGCCAGUAACCUUGGGAAUUGAAAGCAUCGAAUCAAGCUACUUGAAGCAGAUGCCACAGAAUUCCAUGGUAAAAGUUAGCAUACCAGAAGCAAGCUCAUUAAUGACUAGGAACCAAAGUGAAAGAUCAGACUGUUCAUUUGAAGCAACUUUGGCUCCACAAAAUUCCUUGACAGGUGAAGCAGCAAGCAUUUUGACAACUAAAGAUAAGGAUGUUGAAGCCAGCUGUCAGUAUUUAAAUCUGCAGACAACUCCAGAAUCUACUGAAGUUCUGUCAGGACCAGAUCCAAUGGUCUCGGAGCAAUUCUGUGAAAUGAAAAUAAAACAAGCACCACCCCUGACACCACAGAACUCAAUGAUGGAGGUUAGUAUAUCAGAGGCAAGUUCACUGUUAGCAGAAGAAAGAUUAAAGUCAAGAACAAUGCAACUUUCACCUUUAACACCACAGAACUCCAUGGUAGACGUUAGCAUAUCAGAAGCAGCAAGUUAUGUGGUACAAGAUGCAGAAUGUACAUCUGAAGAGUUGUUACCAUUAGCAUGUGCCGAUGUUGCAGAAGUUAAUACAUUACAAGCAAGCACAAGAAUGUUAGAAGAUGACAGAUUGAAAUCAGUUAUGCCUAAGCAAGUUUCACCUCUAACACCACAACAUUCUAUGGUUGAUGUUAGUAUAUCAGAAGCAGCAACAUCAGUGAUGCUCAAAAAUUAUGAAUACAUGCCAAGUCAAAACACUGAAGCCUCUCCCACAAUGACAUCAGAAGCAAGUUCUGAAGCACUGGAAUUUGACACUGCUAUGAUGAAAGAUUUUAACGAAAUACCACCACUCAUGCAACAAAAUUCUGUUGUCAGUGUUAGUAUAACAGAAGCAGUAACUUCUGUGAUGCUUGAAGGUAAAGAACAUGCACUCGACUUAAACACACAGUCCUUGCCCACAGUCAGGUCAAAGGCAGGUUCAAUGUUUAGAGAAUCUGAUAUUAGUGAAUCCAGAACUUUUCGGGAAAUACCACCACUGACACCACAGAACUCAACGGUGGAAGUAAGCAUAUCUGAGGCAAGUUCAUUGUUACUAGAAAAGGAGAGCAUAAAGCCAAGAUCCAUUAAAGUAUGUCCUCUGACACCACAGAAUUCUAUGAUGGACAUCAGUAUCACAGAAGCAGCAAGUACACUAUUGGAGAAUGCAAAAUCUGCCCUUGAACAUCCAGUUUUAUCAGUGGGUGAGAAGACCACAGAAGAUACUGUUGCUACAGCAGACAGGAUAUUACUUGACGAUAAUCAUGGUAAAUCUAUAAAGGAAAUGAUACCAGGGAUAUCUAUGAGUUCAGAGGCAUUUGAAAAAACUGGGUUGGAGAAAGAUUGUUCUGAGGAAAGGACACUGCUAUCUGCACAGUUUUCUGUUAUGGAAGCUAACUUUACUGAGGAGGGUUUAGUGAUACCAGAAAAAGAAGUGAAAGAAAUAAAAACCUUCUGUCAAACAAGCGCUCUAACACCACAGAAUUCUUUUGUGGAAGUUAGUAUAUCAGAAGCAAGUUCUUUGGCACUUGAAAAUGUCAGAUUAAAUUCCACAACCUCAAAACAAGCAAUACUGUUAUCUGCAAAGAGUUCUGUUAUGGAAGACAGUUUUGCUGAGGCAGCAUCAUUAGUGCCAGAAAAAGAGGAAAAAGAAAUCAAAAUUUUCAGUCAAUCCAAGGCAUUAACACCACAGAACUCCUUAAUGGAGGUUAGUAUAUCGCAGGCAAGUUCUUUAGCAAAUAUGAGCUUAAAUUCUAAAACCCCUGCACUAGCAACUCUGUUAUCAGCACAGAGUUCCAUUUUGGAAGACAGUUUUGCAGAAGCAGGGUCAGUAAUACCAGAAAAAGAGGCAGAAGUAAUAAACAUUUUCAACCAAACAAAAACUCUAACACCACAGAACUCUUUUUUGGAGGUUAGUAUAUCAGAAGCAAGCUCUCUGGCAAAUGUCAGCUUAAAUUCUAGAACCUCUGAACCAACAACUCUGUUAUGUGCACAGAGUUCUAUUUUGGAAAACACUUGUGUUGAAACAGGUCCAUGGGUGCCAGAAGAAGUCAAAACUUUCGAUCAGGCAAAGGCUCUCACACCACAGAACUCCUUAAUAGAAGUUAGUAUAUCAGAGGCAAGUUCUAUGGUACUGGAAAAUGUCAGUUUAACUUCUAGAACCUCAAAACAUGGGGCACUGUUAUCUGCAGAGAGUUCCAUUUUGGAAGAUAGUUUUGCUGAAGCAGCAUCAUUAGUGCCAGAAAAAGAGGAAAAAGAAAUACAAAUCUUCAGUCAAUCAAAGGCUUUAACACCCCAGAACUCCUUAAUGGAGGUUAGCAUAUCUGAGGCAAGUUCUCUAGCAAAUGUCAGCUUAAAUUCAGGAACUCUUAAACCAAAAAUGGCAUUAUCAGCAGAGAGUUCUGUUUUGGGAGCCAGUUUUGCAGAAUCAGGGUCACUUAUACCAGAACAAGAUGCAAAAGUAGUCAACAUUUUCAACCCAACAAAGGCUCUAACACCACAAAACUCCUUAAUGGAGGUUGGUAUAUCAGAAGCAAGUUCUUCGGCACACCAAAAUGUCAAUUUAAAUUCUAGAACUUGCAGGCAAGUGACUCCACUUACACCUCAAAAUUCCAUGAUUGAUAUCAGCAUAGUAGAAGCAAGUGCUUUGGCAUCAGAAAGAAAUGAAGACAGGAAAACAAAUGUUAAUUGGAUUCCUCCUCUAACUCCACAGAACUCUAUGGCAGAUAUUAGUGUAGGGGAAGCAGCUUCAGUUAUAGAUGAAAAUGUUCAAGUGAGAUCCAGAUUGAGGCAUUUACCUCUUAUAACACCACAGAACACAAUAGCAGAAGUUUCUGUAUCAGAAGCAAGCUCCUUAAUACUGGCAACUCAAGGUACCAAUAACAGUUCAGUACAAGAAUUUAGCACAGAGCAACUACCUGUAGUAUUGCUUGAUACUGAUGGAGGAAAGUCAAAAAGUCAAAAGGACUUAACGCCUUUAACUCCGCAAAACUCCGUUUUAGAAGUUAGCAUAUCAGAAGCAAGUACAAUAGCCAUGGAAGAUGAAGCUCUUAAACCAUGUAUGAAGCAAGUACUGCCUCUUAAAUUAUCAGAAGGAAAGGUCAUGUCAUGUGAAAUGGAAAGUGUGAAAUCACUGAGUUCUAAGGAAAUGCCACCUCUGACACCACAAAAUUCUGUAAUGGAAGUUAGUAUAUAUGAGGCUGCAAGUUCAAUUGCUGAUACCAAUCUUGGUUCUGAAUUUCCAGUAGCUUUAUUGCAAGAACACAAAGCAGUGGAAGGAACAUUAGAGGAAACACAUGAUAAUCAGAGAGACAUAGAAAAGGUAUUGCUUACUCGGCUGGAAGAAGAGAGCUAUGUGGAUGCAGGUUUCCCAAGCUCAGCACAACAACCUAAUGCUAAAUCAAUAACACAGAUUGCUACAAGUGAUCACUCAUUAGAAGUUGCUUUUCCAAUGUCCCAGGUUUUGGAUGAAGGUGUGUAUCAGGAAACCACCUCAUUCCUACCACAAAAUUCAUCGUUGAUAACACCUUUAACACCUCAAAAUUCUGUGGCAGAUUAUGAGAUGGCAGUGGCACCACAGACUUCAGCUUUUGUAGCAAGUACGCCUUUGGACCCCAAAGCCCUUGUUCCUGAAGUGGGUAAAGGAAGCCUGACAUUGCAUUCAGCAGUAGCACCUAUACCUGAAGACAGACUGCAUCAUAUACUGCAGGAAGGGACUGAAGCAGUAAUGCCACAAAUGACUGCAGAGGAAUUUCAGGCACUGACUCAUGUUGCACAGAUGCCUGUAGAGGUAGCUAGUAGUAUCAUUCCAGCAGCAACUCCUCAGACACAAAAAAUAUAUGCCUUAAGAUCAGAAAUAAUUGGCACUAGCAGUGCCCAAGCUGAUCUUCAUCAAUCACCACAUGCAGCAGUUGGUUACCAAGUUUUAGAAUCUCAGACAGACCAGCUGACUUUACCACAAGAGUUUACUGAAGAAUUACAGACAGUACAUCCAAGAAUAUCAACAGUGGUAAAUAGUGUUGAAGGAGCAAUGUCUUUUACACCACAGGAAUCCAGUGGUGAUGAAAUCCAUCCCCUACAACAAAUGGUCAUCAAACGUAACCAAGUUGUAAACUUGGCUGCGACUUUGCAGUUAGACACAGAUUAUGAUACUAUAAGUCCAUUAUCACCUGAGGGAAUAGAGAGAGACCAAAAGGUGAUUAAUUUAACCAAAUCAGAAUGUGACAGAGGCCAGGCACAAUUAAACACAGAAGAAUUGCAUUUGGUGUCUCAACUACCACCCAGCUUGACCACCAAUGUCCAGACAGUGAUUCAGAAACCCGAGGUAGUUAUGAAAGGAGCCACCACCAGUAUUUCAGGAGUUGCAUGUAAAACCCAACAAAUGCCAAUGGAAGGAACUUGUGAUGUCUCAACAGUGAAUCAAAGCAGACUGCAAAGAUCAUUUGCUACAGGAACAAUAAGUUCUGAGUCAGAUAUGGAGGAGUCAUGUUCAGUGAUGCCAAGGUUAUCCUACAGAGUUGGAAAUGUGCAAGCAGUGACUUCUCAAAUGCCUCAUGAUGCCAUCGAAGAAACCAAAAGUACACAAGCAAUGAGAUAUGAAAACCCCUUCAUUUCAAAAGCAGUAACUUCAGAGGUAGAUGUUCCAUGUGACAAUGUCAGUUCUGUACCCUUCCAUGUAACAACUUCAAAGUUACAGACGGAAGUAUCAGAAUCAGUUAUUCCACUUGCACCUCAAACAAGUAGUACUACAGUAUUGUCUUCUGCUGUUCAUCAGACUCGGCCCUUAAUUAUGGAGCAAGCAAUGAUUCCCAAGCGACUUGAAGAGGCUAUGGAGGAAGCUAGGUGUCUCCAGGCAGUGGCUGACAGUACGCCAAAAAUGGUCACAGUUAAAGAGAGCAGUGGCCAGGUAGCCAUUUUAAGUACACCAAUUAUGACUGUAAAAAGAGAGGGCAGGGAAAAGGCAGUGACUCUUCAAACAUCACAAAUGUCCGAAGUUGCUAUCCCUAUGAUAUCUACGUUGGCCAAGGGAGAAGAGAUGAGUGUCCAGACAAUAUCUCAGCAGACUUUACCUUUGACUGUGGAGGAAGCUGGCAGUGUCCAGGUAUUGCCUCUUUCAACACCACCUUUGGAAACGGAAAAAGCUGGUAAUGUCCAGGCAGCAAGGCCUCAAACACAGCAUAUGGCCUUGGAAGAAAAUGAAAGGGGCCAUGCAGUUAUCUAUCAUCCUGUGACUUCAACACUGUCAGUGGAAGAGUCACUUUCAGUUACCCCAUUGGCACCAGAAAUAGCAGCCGGUGUGCAGGUAACUUCACAGGAAUUUUUAUUGGAAGGGUCAGGCAGUGAUUGGGCAAUGACAUAUCAAACAACAGAAGUAAGCAGUGACCAGGCUCUGCCUCAUAAAACACCUGUGACAGUUUUGGGGAAAGCUAGAAGUGUGAACGGAGCAGAUUGUGCCCAGGCAUCGAUUCAGCAAAUGUCUCAGAUGGCUUUGGAAGGUGUAGUUGUCCAGACACCAAUCUAUCAAGUAGAAACUUCCAGUCUAGAUUUGGAGGAAUCAUAUGCAGUGAUGCCUCUGUUGCCUCAGAAAGCCACCAGUAUGACUCAUCAGACAUCAAAUAUGAGUGAGCAAGGAAUUCUGCAAUCACCACAGGUAGCCAUGGAAACUAGCACUGACCAGACUGUGAUUCACCAGGCACCUCAGAUGGCUAUGGAAAGUGGUAAUGGCCAGUCAUUGUGUACACAAGUGGAAGCUAGCAGUGACCAGGCAGUGAUACACCAGUCACCACAAGUUAGCAGAGCUGUGGCCAUGACUCUUCAAACAUCUCAAGUGACUGUAGAAACUAACUUUGGUGAGGCAGUAAUACCGCUGGCAUCCGUGGAGAAAGGGAUUAACGUCCAGACUGUGGACAUGGCGACAAAGGAAGCACAGAGGGUCCAGGAACCAAAAUAUCACGAACCUCAUUCAGUUUUGGAAGAAAAUGGCAGUGCUCAGAGAGUAAUUGCACAAACACCACAGAUGGCCAUGGAGGGAACUAGCAGUGCCCAGACAGUAACUCAUCAAUCACCGCAGAUGACCAUGGGAAAGACUAGCAGUGCUCAGACAGUGAUUGCACAAACACCACAGAUGGCCAUGGAGGGAACUAGCAGUGCCCAGGUGACUGGUCACAUGACACAGGUGGGUGUGGAAAGGGCUAGCACUGUCCAGGCAGUGUCACAGAUGGCCUUAAAAGAGGGUAGUAGUGCUCAGAUAGUGUCCCAGAUGGCUUCGAAAGAGGCAAGCAGUGCUCAGGCCAUCAUCCAACCGGCAGUGGCUUCACAGCUAUUGGAGGAAACACAUUCAGUGAUUCCACUAGUGCCACAGGACACCGGCAGCGUGAGAGCAGUGAUUCAUCAGACGCCACAGAUGACCGAAGAAAGAACUAACAGUAUCCAGGCAGCGACAGCUCAGGCUAAACAGAUGGCCCUGGAAGAAGAUGGCAAUGCCCAAGUAGUGGCUCUUCAAAUACCACAGAUGGCCACAGGAAGGGCUACCAGUGUCCAAUCAGUGACUCUUCAAACACCUCAGAUGGUCAUGACUAGCAGUGAUCAGAUAAUGAUUCCUCAAACACUUCAGAUGGCCAUGGGAGAAUCUAGCAGUGCCCAGGUGACUGGUCACAUGACACAGGUGGGUGUGGAAAGGGCUAGCACUGUCCAGGCAGUGUCACAGAUGGCCUUAAAAGAGGGUAGUAGUGCUCAGAUAGUGUCCCAGAUGGCUUCGAAAGAGGCAAGCAGUGCUCAGGCCAUCAUCCAAUCGGCAGUGGCUUCACAGCUAUUGGAGGAAACACAUUCAGUGAUUCCACUAGUGCCACAGGACACCGGCAGCGUGAGAGCAGUGAUUCAUCAGACGCCACAGAUGACCGAAGAAAGAACUAGCAGUAUCCAGGCGGCGACAGCUCAGGCUAAACAGAUGGCCCUGGAAGAAGAUGGCAAUGCCCAAGUAGUGGCUCUUCAAAUACCACAGAUGGCCACAGGAAGAGCUACCAGUGUCCAAGCAGUGACUGUUCAAAUACCUCAGAUAGCUUCAGACGGAACCAGCAGUGCCCAGGCAGAGACUGCUCAUAUUACACAAAUAGCCAUGGAUGAAACUAGCAGUGCCCAGACAGUAACUCAUCAAUCACCGCAGAUGACCAUGGGAAAGACUAGCAGUGCUCAGACAGUGAUUGCACAAACACCACAGAUGGCCAUGGAGGGAACUAGCAGUGCCCAGGUGACUGGUCACAUGACACAGGUGGGUGUGGAAAGGGCUAGCACUGUCCAGGCAGUGUCACAGAUGGCCUUAAAAGAGGGUAGUAGUGCUCAGAUAGUGUCCCAGAUGGCUUCGAAAGAGGCAAGCAGUGCUCAGGCCAUCAUCCAAUCGGCAGUGGCUUCACAGCUAUUGGAGGAAACACAUUCAGUGAUUCCACAGUUGCCACAGGGCACCGGCAACUUUAGAGCAGAGAUUCGUCAGAUAUCGCAGGAGGCUACAGAAGGAAUAGGCAGUGCUCAAACAGUGAUUGUUCAAACCCCACAUAUGACCGUGGCAGAUACUAGCAGUGCCCAAGCAGUGACCGUUCAAACCCACCAAUUGGCCAUGGGAAAGGCUUUUAGUGCUCAGGAAUUGACAUCACAGAUGGACAUUGCAGGAGUGAUAAAUGAAACCCCUCAGUUUGACGUGGAUGCAUCUAGCAGUACCCAGGCAGUGAAUGUUCACACACCUCAGAUGUCGGUGGGAGCGGCUAGCAGUGCCCAGCCAGUGACUGUUCAAACAUCGCAGGUACCCGUGAGAGAGGCUAGCAGUGCCCAGGCAGUGACUCUUCAGACACCUCAGAUGGCCUUGGGAGAGGCUGGCAGUGCCCAGGCAGUGACACUCCAUACACCUCAGAUGGGCAUGGGAGAGGCUAGCAGUGCCCAGGCAGUGACUCUUCAGACACCUCAGAUGGCCAUGGGAGAGGCUAGCAGUGCCCAGGCAGUGACUCUCCAUACACCUCAGAUGGGCAUGGGAGAGGCUAGCAGUGCCCAGGCAGUGACUCUUCAGACACCUCAGAUGGCCAUGGGAGAGGCUAGCAGUGCCCAGGCAGUGACUCUUCAGACACCUCAGAUGGCCAUGGGAGAAGCUAGCAGCGUCCAAGCAGUGACUCUGCAAACACCUGAGAUGGGCAUGGGAGAGGCUAGCAGUGCCCAGGCAGUGAAUCUUCAGACACCUAAGGCAGUCAUCCGACACGCAGUGUCUUCACAGCAAAGUUUGGAAGAAACUCAAGACACCAACAUUGCGAUGGCAGUGACACCACAGAUGACAGAAAGAACAAGCAAUGCCCAAGCAGUGAUCCAGCAAGCAGUGCCUUCGCAGCUUUGUUUGGAUGAAACUCAUGCACUAGCCAAGGAAAGAAUGAGUAGUGCCCAAGCAGUGACUGUUCAGACACCACAAAUGGUCAUCGGAGAAGCUUGCAGUGACCAAACAGUGACUCUUGAGGCAUAUCAAUUGGCCACAGAAUCAGUUAUCAAUACUCGGGCGACAACUGUUCAGAGACUUGAAGAAGCCAGACAUGAAUCUAGCAGUGUCCAAGCAGUGACUAUUCAGACACCUCAGAUGCCCAUGAUUGCAGCCAGCAGUGAACAAGCAGUGAUUAAUCAGCCACCUCAGAUGCCCAUGAUUGCAACUAGCAGUGAAAAAGCAGUGAUUAAUCAGACACCUCAGAUGACUGUGGCAGUUCCCAUUAGUGCUGAGGCAAUGGUCCAACAUGCAGUGAGUUCAGAGUUAGAUUUAGAAGAAUCGCAUUCAGUGAUUUCACUAUUACCAAAGGACAGCAGCAAUUUGAGAGCAGUGAUUCAUCAGACAUCUCAUGAAGGAACUCUUAGUGACCAGGCAGUGACACUUCAUACGCCACAGAUGGCCAUGGGAAAGACUAGCAUUGGCCACACAGUGACUGCUCAAACACCCCAUAUGAGCAGUGUCCGGGCAGUGACUCUUCAGACACCACAGGUAGCCAUGGAUGAAACUACCAGUGUACAGGCAGUGAUUGUUCAAACAUCACAGAUGACUGCAGAAGCUGGCAGUGCUCAGGCGGUGAGUCCUGAGACACCUCAGAUGGCUUUUAGAGAAGUCUGCAGUGCCCAGGCAGUGACUGUUCAAACACCACAGAUGACUGUAGAAGCUAGCAGUGCCCAGGCAGCCAUCUGUCGACCCGUGUCCUCGGAGCUGCGUUGGGAAGAACCGAACUCAGUCGUUUCAGUUUCACCGCAGGAAAUAGGCAGUGUUCGGACAGUGACUGUUGAAACACCCCAGAUGGCCGUGGCAGAAACUAGCAGUGCUCAGGCAGUGAUUGCACAAACACAACAGAUAGCCAUGGAAGGAACUGGCAGUGCACAGGCAGUGAUUGUUCAGACACCACAGAUGGUAAUGGGAGAGGCUAGCAGUGCUCAGGCCAUCACCCGCAAAGCAGUGAAACCACAACUCGAUCUGGAAGAAACCCAUUCAGUGAUUCAGCUGUUACCACAGGUCGUGAGUCAUGGGACGCCACAGGAGGCACGAGAAUGGAAGAACAGUGCCCAAGCAGUGAAGAUUCAGACAAAUGAACCUUCUAGUGCCCAGGCAGUGGCUCUUCAGACACCUCAGAUGGCCAUGGGAGAAGCUACUAGUGCCCAAGCAGUGACUCUCCAAACACCUCAGAAGGCUGUGAGAGAGGCUAGCAGUGCCCAGGCAGUGAAUCUUCAGAGACCGCAGAUGGCCACUGGGGAGGCUGGCAUUGCCCAAGCAGUGACUCUCCAGACACCUCAGAUGGCCGUGGGAGAGGCUAGCAGUGCCCAGGCAGUGACUCUCCAGACACCUCAGGCUAGCAGUGCCCAGGCAGUGACUCUCCAGACACCUGAGGCUAGCAGUGCCCAGGCAGUGACUCUCCAGACACCUCAGGCUAGCACUGCCCAGGCAGUGACUCUCCAGACACCUCAGGCUAGCAGUGUCCAGGCAGUGACUCUCCAGACACCUCAGGCUAGCAGUGCCCAGGCAGUGACUCUCCAGACACCUGAGGCUAGCAGUGCCCAGGCAGUGACUCUCCAGACACCUGAGGCUAGCAGUGCCCAGGCAGUGACUCUCCAGACGCCUCAGGCUAGCAGUGUCCAGGCAGUGACUCUCCAGACACCUCAGGCUAGCAGUGCCCAGACAGUGACUCUCCAGACGCCUCAGGCUAGCAGUGUCCAGGCAGUGACUCUCCAGACGCCUCAGGCUAGCAGUGCCCAGGCAGUGACUCUCCAGACGCCUCAGGCUAGCAGUGUCCAGGCAGUGACUCUCCAGACAUCUCAGGCUAGCAGUGCCCAGGCAGUGACUCUCCAGACGCCUCAGGCUAGCAGUGUCCAGGCAGUGACUCUCCAGACACCUCAGGCUAGCAGUGCCCAGGCAGUGACUCUCCAGACACCUCAGAUGGCCAUGGGAGAUGCUAGCAGUGCCCAGGCAGUGACUCUCCAGACACCUCAGGCUAGCAGUGCCCAGGCAGUGACUCUCCAAACACCUCAGAUGGCCAUGGGAGAUGCUAGCAGUGCCCAGGCAGCUAGCAGUGCCCAGGCAGUGACUCUCCAGACACCUCAGGCUAACAGUGCCCAGGCUUUGACUCUCCAGACACCUCAGAUGGCCAUGGGAGAUGCUAGCAGUGCCCAGGCAGUGACUCUCCAGACACCUCAGGCUAGCAGUGCCCAGGCUUUGACUCUCCAGACACCUCAGAUGGCCAUGGGAGAUGCUAGCAGUGCCCAGGCAGUGACUCUCCAGACACCUCAGGCUAGCAGUGCCCAGGCUUUGACUCUCCAAACACCUCAGAUGGCCAUGGGAGAUGCUAGCAGUGCCCAGGCAGUGAAUCUCCAGACACCUCAGACACCUCAGGCUAGCAGUGCCCAGGCUUUGACUCUCCAAACACCUCAGAUGGCCAUGGGAGAUGCUAGCAGUGCCCAGGCAGUGAAUCUCCAGACACCUCAGGCUAGCAGUGCCCAGGCUUUGACUCUCCAAACACCUCAGAUGGCCAUGGGAGAUGCUAGCAGUGCCCAGGCAGUGAAUCUCCAGACACCUCAGGCUAGCAGUGCCCAGGCUUUGACUCUCCAAACACCUCAGAUGGCCAUGGGAGAUGCUAGCAGUGCCCAUGUAGUGACUCUCCAGACACCUCAGGCUAGCAGUGCCCAGGCUUUGACUCUUCAACAAGCAUUAACAUCAGAGCUCGAUUUGGAAGAAACCCAUUCAGCGACUCCACUUUUACCACAGGAGAUUAAUAGUAUGCAAGCAGUGAUACAUCAGACACUGCAUGUGGCCACGGAAGGAAAGAACAGUGUCCAGGCAGUGGCAGAGCAAAGGCAGAUGACCGUGGAAACCGAUAGCGGUGUUCGGGUGGAGACUCGGGAAACGCCUCAGAUGACGGCUAAGAAUAGUAGAGCUCAGGCAGUAAUCCAGCAGGCAGUGACUUCAGACCUGGGUUUAGAAGAAUCGCAUUCAGCAUUUCCACUUACGUCACAAGAGACCAGUGGCAUGCAAGCAGGUGUUCAACAGACAUCACCCAUGGAAAGAACAAGGCAUGCUCAGUCCGCAGCUCUUCAGACAGCACCUGGGAGCCUGAGGGAAGCCAGUGCCCAGCCAGGGGUCCUGCAUGCAACGUCUUCGGAGGUAGACUUGGAAGAAGCACCUGCAGGGACUUCACCAUUGACCCCAAAGACCUGCAGUGUCUUAUCUUUGCUUCAGCAGACAACACGCAAGGAUAGGGGUGAUUUGAGCGGUGCCGACGCAGUGUCUCAUCAGACACCACAUGUGACUACGGAAGCAGGCAGUAGUGCUGUGUCAGUGAUGAAGGAAACAAGGACUGCACAGUUAGAUUUGGAAAAGUCACAGUCACUAACUUUACCCUCACUGGAGAUGGCCAGUAAUGUUCAAGCUUUAAAACAAGUAACACCGUAUAUCAUAGGAGCUACCAGUGCUUCGACAGCGUCUCAUCAACCAUCUGAGGUGGCUAUGAAUGAUGGCACCACAUUGACUUCAGAAGGAUGGGAAACAGUAGUUCCACAGACAGAACAGAGAGUAAGCAAUGUACAAACAGUCACUCGUUUGCCGACUCGGAAGGAAGGAGUUGUUUGUGACCAGGAAGAAACUUGCACUGACUUUGCAGUAACUCAAGCAGUAGCUUCUGAAGUAGAUAUGGAUGAAUCAUAUUCAUUGGCUUCAUUCUUGCCACACCCAAGUAAUAGUGUAAGGGUCGUGACUAAUCAGAACCCUCGCCUUGCAAUGGAAGGAACCAAGCCUGUACAAACACUGAAACAAUCACCAAUAGGUAUUUCUCAGGUGACGAGCAACGCCCAAGACAGGCCUAACAUGUUCAUGGAAGUGCCUGACAGUGCACAUGCAGUGACGGCGCAGUCAUCGGUCACAUUGGGAUUGGAGAAUCCACAUGGACCUAGCAGUAUCCAAGGAGUAACACAUAGUGCAGGAAAACCUAAUCAGACAAUGGAGCCUCAGAUGGAACAGGCCGUAUCAUUUGAUGAACAUUAUAACACAGUAACUGUGAACCCCAGAGGAUCACUGAAGCCACUUACAUUUAUUGAUGGUGAAGACCACACACCUCUUGCUGCUUCAACCCCCAUAAAUGCACAAACUUGUGUAUUGAUGGAUAAAGAACAUUCUUCUCUUGAAGACAGUGCGUAUGCCACAGCAACUCCAACAGACUUUGAAAGGUCCACUAAGGAGGCAUCCAUUCUUGUACCAGAGUCACAGUCAGGAAGGGUUGCCUUUACAGCUCCUAAAGUUUCAACAUUGGAAGAUACAGAACAGAAAGUGUCUCCAUUAAACAUCUCUCACGACACAUUGCAAACGCCGCAUGGAAGGGUAGGCCAUCAGACUCCUCAAACAAGAUCUGUGUCUCAAGGCGACUGUUUAUUUGCAACAGGCAGCAAAUUUUCAUAUAUCGAAAGCUUAGAGGCAAUUCCGACCAGUAAUACUGAGGAUGAAGAAGAAUUUUACACAUCAAAUACAGAAAUAUUAGAGAAUAAACCAGAACAAAAGCUUAGUUCUGCUGGCUUGAGUUUGCCAAAAAGAGAGGAAAUCAUUGCAACAUCAGAAGAGGAAUUUUUCUCAGCAGAUUCAGCCUUAGUUUCUAGCUCUGAUAGCGUAACAUCUAUGACCUCUCCUAUAUGUAUGGAUGACAAUAACGUGAAUAGCUCACAGGUAGUACACCUUGAAAAUAGAAGUGAAAUAAGAAAUGUAGAUAUGCAGAGAGAGAAGUCACUGACAGCCAGCGGAAUAAGUACCAUCGGAAACUUGCCUUGUGUGACUGCCACUUCAGCCAAAGGUUCUGAAUCCAUCCAAAAUGACAAAUACCUCUAUAAAAAGGGGCAUGUUGGCAAUAUUGUUAGUUGUGCUCAAGAUCCGAAUGUAGUCGUCUCAUCUUGCAGUGUUCCACGUGUAACAUUAGAGCAAGAAGUCUCAGAGGAAACUUACAAAGAAAAGGAGAAGACAAAGCAGGCAGAGAGGGGUGAGGUAGCGGGACGAGAGAGUAGCAGGAGCAGGAGUGUAGACCAGGGCCUCAGGAGCGCUCUGCCAGGUAACAUCAGUUUACCGCAUGGCAACGAGGGCCAGCCCAUUGCCAGCACAAACGUCAUUGGUCAGAGCGCUUUGGCAGGCUUUGGCAGAAGUACAAGUUCAGUUACUGAGGAAUAUUCAGCAAAGCUGCAAGAUAGAGACAGUGCAAUGCACACAUCAACAUUAUCAGAAAGUCAGCUUAUUCCUGUCAAGACCAAAGUGCAGGACUCAAGCAAUAGCAGUAAGAAUGAAGGCAAAGGAAGUGGAGGGAAGGAGCAAGGAAAAGUUGCAAAAGGGUGCUUUGGGAAGCUUGAAAAUGUUGUAUUCCAUGAAGCAUCGGAAACUAAUUACAGUGUAGCAAAGGCAGAGAAUGCAAAACUUAUAGAAACAGCAAGUUUGUCCCAUUUGGGAAAAUUUAUUGCUCCUAAUACUGGGACAAAAAUUUCAAAGGAAGACAAAACAAUUUCAUUUGAAGAAAAUAAGUCUAUACCAAGCACUGCUGUAAAAGUUUCUCAAAGAAAAGAAGUUAAGAAAAAUAUUUCCAACGAAAAGAAAAGCGAUCCACCGGUUGAUUCAGGUCAUACUACUACAUCAACAAGUCCAACUGAGGUGAAUCAGCACUUACAGAAGAGAAGUCCAGAUGUUCAACGUAAAUUCAUUCGGCAAGCCACCCACCCACCACAGACUGUCGUGACCGGCUUCUCUAAUACCAUAAUGCAGCCACAAGAAGCCUGUGAACAGACUGAGGACAAGACGCUUGGAAGUCAUGCUAAGGUGAUAUAUAAAGCUGAGCAACAAAAGCCUGAGUACACAGCAAAUUAUAGCUUGGCAAAACUUAAACGAUCCCUCUACUCACGUAAACUGGCAGGUCAGGUCUUCAAUCAGAUGACCUACCCAACUUAUGAGCCAGAAAGAGAGCAAGUUCAAGUGGAGGACCAUUCCACGUUGAAGAAGGAGGAUAGUGCGAGAGCAUUACCAGCUGCCAUCAGUCACAAUAUCCAAAGAAAGUUCGACAGCAAGUCUGAGAGACAUGACGAUACACAAGCAUCUUUCCAAGCAAGAGUAUCAGAUGACAAGGAAAUCGAGUCCAAAACUACUGCUUUAUUAAACAGUUUUGGUACAGGAAGUUCUGCAGUUGUUUCGAAUCAACAGGGGCAACAUCAAACAAAGAAUUAUGAAAAGACAUUGAAUAUGAAUGUUUUAGAAUCUAAGAUAACAGAAUUAAAGAGCACUGAGAAAGAUAAAGGUAAUAUCAAGGACAGUACUACACAAGAUCAUUCACAUGGAAUUGAAGUAACUGUGUCAAAUUACUCUUCUAAAUCAUUAACAGCCACCCAUGAAGAUAAACAGACAUAUGUGGUUGAUAAGAACGUAGACAACCCAAAACUGAAACUUACUUCCGAAGCUUGGCGCGGACAAUUCCUCAUGGACCAGAGUGAUGAAUGGGGAGCUUCAGACGAGAGUAUCACUUUCAUCUUCAUGAACCCAGACGACGAGAGACCAUCCGAGGACAAUUUAUUACAAGCAGAUGUUACCCAGUCCAAUGGUUCGAACUACCGCAGUUCCUCAGACUUAUCGCAUGUAGGCUUGAGUUUUGAUACGUCAACUGAAUUAAAACAAACCCAUUUCUUUGAUUUGUACAAGGCAAAAUGCGGCCGGCUUGUUCGCUCCACAUCUUUGGAUUCUGUGUAUUGGAAUUUAUGUAAAAUUCAGGUGGCUAAGCAAAAAACGGAAAUGCAACGAACCAGCAGCCUUGAGGAAGUGGUGACACAAGAACUGGAAGAUAUACUAGCCAGAGGAAGGCGUUUCUCUUCUGCUGAAUCGGAUGAAGAUGACAUAACUGAGGAUGCAAGUACUGUGAGACAGAACCGAUGUCAUUUAACAGUUAAGACCCAUAGCGAACAAACUGAUUCAAGAGACGUCCCCGAAGCAUCUCGCAGAAGAGCUGUGGUCAUAGAUGCGGAUGAUCAGACUAUUAAUACAAGCAGUUCUGGUGAUGAUGAUGUGUUUGCCAAAUCGCCGUCACCAAUCCCAACAUUCGGCCAGGUUAAUUGGUGUGACUUCAAAGGCAUGAUCCUGGGGCGUCCAGUAAUUUCUACAACAAUCCGGGUCAUGUCGGGUGAAUCGAGCAAGUCCUCACCACAGCUUCAUUGUCGCCAAACUCCAGAAAAACUGAACAAAAAAUCAGUAUCAUGGACAGACCUGCAAGGUUGUGGAGCACUAGAAAUUGAUGAAAUUCCAGAGAUUCGUUCACAGGAAUCUGCAAAGCUAGUUUUGCCGCCAAAGUCCAUAAUGAAAAAGCCUAGUUUAGCUCCUAUAGCCUCAACUCCCCCUCCUCAGACGCCACCUUCACCCAUAUCACCUCAGUCUCCUGCAGACGAACAUCCACCUGAAACCACUCCCGCUCUGAGGACAAUCAGGAGAGCUGCAGUGAAUUCUUCAAGUGAUAGUGAUGACAUUCCACUGCCAAGGUCCAAGUUGAAAGAGAUGUUUUCGCUCCAGUUACCAGAACACAUACGGGAUCGUGUGAACAAAACUGGAACAGAGGGUAUAAAGAGCACCGAAGAGCCAGAAGCAAAUUCAAGAGAAUUGCAGUCCACUUCUACAGAAGAUCCAGAUUAUUCAAAAGUCCGUCAACAGUUCAGGCAAACAAGUCGACCACCUUCAUUAGGCCUUUCAAAAAAAUCUAGCAAUUCUCCAUCUCUGAACGAUUCACAAUCAUCUGGUGUGUCUCUGUCAUUUGGGAAAUCGUUAUCUACAGAUGAUAACUCUGUUUCAGGAUUUUCCCAGUAUUCAGAUCUGUUUACAUCAUCAAACAUUUCUUUGGCGUCAGGAUUCUCCCCUUCAGGCCCGACACCAUUCGGCAUGUCAUCAGCUGGGUUUCCCUCAUCCUGCGUUGUGUCAUCACAACAAAUUUCUUCUGUAUCAACUGCAGUUUCAACAUCUGAGGGACCUCUCUCAAGAGGUAUCUUACAAUCUCUGGACAGCAAUCUAGAAGCACAAGAUCCAAAUAGUCUGACAAAUUCACCUGUAACUAGAAUGAUAUCAAAGAGACAUUUUGGCUCUUCAUAUUGCAGUUCACCUUCAGAUGACACUGCGUCCGUGAUUUCAACAAGCCCUAUUAACAUCAUGUCAGCACCAACGACACCGGCAACAGAAACUGCACCUUCAAUCAUGUCCUCUCACAGAAAUCAACAAUUACCACGAUGUAGAAGUGAGGGAGACAUUGCACUGCCCAGUGCAGAGGGCCUUUCUCACACCUGGGUAGCGCUUUCACAGGUUAUGAAGGAAGCAGGAACCAUACUAAAAACUUUAUCUGAAACGUCUUUGGUAUUACACCACCAGAUUGCAAAUCCCAAUCAGAGAGUUGCUCUUGCUCCAGUAGCUGAAGAAGCUAAUGGCACUACCAGUCCAGCAGGACUGCCUGAAAGUAAGAAGGUUAAUUCUGUUGCGGUGCAAACUGACCAACACCAGCCAAGCAAUGUGAAAAUGAGGUCAAUUGUGGCUCAGACUAGUUUUGAAUCCUCAAGUGAUGUCGAGAAUAUAGAUGGUGGAGGAAGGAAACCACCUCAAAACUAUCGUAGAAGUGCCAGACGUUUUGAUUUGUCUAGUAGUCAUACAUCGUCACUUGGUUCAGGAAUAAGAGGAAAAACUUUCUCCCAAGAAAUUAACAACCUCCGACAUGAGAGAGAGCGCAUCAAUCGCAUUCUCGGUCACUAUGACAGUUCAUCACUACAUUAUUCUCGAAGUGGAAGCAGAUUUAGCAACAAAAGUUCAUCAUCAGAAUUUGAUUCUCCAGUGUCCAGUUUAAGGGCAAGCCUUCAAAAUUUACCUCACACGACUUUAGACCGAGACUUAGAAAGUGACGGAAUUGUAGGAAGUCACAGGCAUCGUUUGAGUGCCACCAGUCAGAAAUACAUCUCUCUGCAUCAACGCCGUCUGGAAGAAUCAUGUCGGCAAUUGGAAGAAAGGCUUAAACUCAGUGCACGGAAACGGCAUUUGCGAGCGCAGAUUCUUGAUAAUGGGCACAGUCAUCAUCACAGACACGCAGCUAAAGUUGCAUAUCAUUCUUCACUAGACUUCGCUAAGACACCUUUUUGCGAAAGAUUAGAAAGUCCAAAUACAACCCCAUAUUUAUCAACAACAUCUUUGCCUACCGCUGGACCACACAGCCCUGGGCACAGUCGAGAACUUUCACCAUGUUGCUGUGUAUCCCCUAUUCACCAGCCUCAACAUAACCACUGUCGGCCAUCUGCACACACCUGCUCAACACACAGUCACUGGUCCUCUUGCCAUUCAGCUGCAGCUGCAGAUUCAGCAUACACUCCACACUACAUGACUUCUAAAAUACGUACGUCAACACAGAAGUGCAAAGAACAGUUACUUUAUCUCCGAAGACAUCUGGUAGGUGCUUCAGGAAUAGCAAGCUCAUCAAGUUCCUUGGGGGACAGUCCUCCUGGCCGUAAUAGAUACCGAUUUGGGAAUCUCAAUAACAAUUUUGAUGGACCCUAUCAAAGAGGACAUGCUGCCUCACUAUCUUCUCUCCCCGGGGUUGGUGCAACAUCUGGUGCUUGGAGACGACGCGUUGGUGGAUCAGCUUUGUCAGUAGCCAGUGAAACUGAAGCUUACAGAAGAAGGUCUCGUUACCGUCAGGAUUCAGACUCGGAUUCUGGUGCUGGGUGGUCGUGCAGUGGAACAAGUUUGCGUCAUAGUUACCAGUGA